AUGGAGUCGCAUGCUGCGGCCGCCGUUGGGCGCCGGAGCGCGAUCCUCGGCGGCAGGGAGAAGGGGGCGCGGGCUGGGAGCCUGCGGGUCGGAGGACCUGCCGGUGCCGGAGCGAAGGCCAUGGCCAUGCGGACUCGAGGGACCAAGCCCGUCGCCCCGCUCUGGUGCGUUAAUUCAGCUGACGAGAGCAUGCACAGUUCACCUGACGAGGCCCUGCUAUUAAAGAGGAAAUCUGAAGAAGUUCUAUUCCACUUGAAUGGGCAGUGCAUUUACCUAGUUGGAAUGAUGGGCUCUGGAAAAAGCACGGUGGGGAAAAUCUUAGCUGAAGUUCUGGGUUAUUCAUUCUUUGAUAGUGAUAAGUUGGUAGAACAAGCAGUCGACAUGCCUUCUGUUGCUCAAAUAUUCAAGGAGCAUAGUGAAGCGUUUUUCAGAGUUAAUGAGAGUUGUGUCUUGAGGGAUUUGUCCUCAAUGAGGCGACUAGUUGUUGCAACUGGAGGUGGUGCUGUUAUUAGGCCAAUUAACUGGAAUUACAUGAAGAAAGGUCUAUCUGUUUGGUUGGAUGUACCUUUGGAUGCCCUUGCGAAGCGCAUUGCUCAAGUAGGGACUGCUUCUCGUCCUCUUUUAGACCAGCCAUGCGAUGAUCCAUACACAGCGGCUUUCUCAAAACUAAGUAUGCUUGCGGAGCAAAGAGGUGAUGCUUAUGCAAAUGCCGACACAAGGGUCUCUCUUGAAGAGAUUGCAGCUAAGCAGGGCCAUGGUGAUGUUUCUAUGCUAACACCGACCAAUAUCGCUAUUGAGGCGCUACUCAAGAUUGGGAGCUUCGUCACUGAAGAUCCCACAGCCAAUGACCAUGCUGGCAACUUACAAGCUGAUUCUCAGAGUCGCAGUAUAAAGGCCUUGUAG